AUUAAAUCCAUUCACAAGAUUCCUCCUUCCAAGGAUUUUUCGUGUCAUAAAUGCAAUAAGUAAGAAAUUUCAAGGGUACUUACAGGAAAUUGAAGAAACCCAGAACCUCAUAUCCUUUCAUUUUCCUCCUCCAUUGAAAUCAUCAUCUUCCUCAUCCCAGACAAUUCUGUUAACAUACGCCACCUCCAUGCCAGGCGGUGAACUCCUUUAUCCUUCACCGCAACACCAACCUGCAACACCACCGCAGCAAGCACACCCUACAAUCAUAACAACAGCAACAUCAGAAUUACUAGAAGAUGAAACAUGGGUUUGGUCUCAAAUCAAAGCAGAAGCACGGCGUGAUGCAGAAUCAGAACCUGCCUUGGCAUCAUACCUGUACUCAACCAUCCUCUCACACUCUUCUCUUGAAAGAUCUUUAUCAUUCCAUUUAGGUAACAAACUCUGUUCUUCAACCUUGUUAUCAACGCUUCUGUAUGAUUUGUUUCUCAACUCGUUCUCCACCGAUUCCGAUUUACGUUCUGCAACUGUGGCCGAUUUACGAGCUGUCCGAGCUCGAGACCCUGCUUGUGUAUCUUACUCCCAUUGUUUAUUGAAUUACAAGGGUUUCUUAGCUUGUCAGGCACAUAGGGUUGCACACAAAUUAUGGAUUGAAUCUCGUCGGCCAUUAGCCUUAGCAUUACACUCUAGGAUUGCGGAUGUAUUCGCCGUGGAUAUACAUCCGGCGGCGAAGAUUGGGAAAGGGAUAUUGUUUGAUCAUGCUACUGGGGUUGUGGUAGGAGAAACGGCAGUGAUUGGGAAUAAUGUAUCGAUUUUGCAUCAUGUAACGCUAGGUGGGACAGGGAAAUCGGGUGGCGAUAGGCACCCGAAGAUUAGUGAUGGGGUGUUGAUUGGUGCUGGAGCAACUAUAUUAGGGAAUAUUAAGAUUGGUGAAGGGGCUAAGAUUGGUGCUGGGUCUGUUGUGCUAAUUGAUGUGCCUGCAAGAACAACUGCUGUGGGUAAUCCUGCUAGAUUAGUUGGUGGAAAAGAAAAACCUUCUAGGCAUGAAGAUGUUCCUGGUGAAUCUAUGGAUCAUACUUCUUUUAUAUCUGAAUGGUCUGAUUAUAUCAUAUAAACAAAUAAAUUUGUUGUCAGUUUUCUUUUCAAUAAAGUUUAAAGUAUUUGAUAGAGUUUUCUGA